UGACCAGGAACUACGUUCGGCGCACAUGUGUUCUGUAUGUCGCGAAUGUGUUUAAACUAAAACAAAAAUCAAGAACAAACCUUAAAGUUACUACCACCAGACUGAUCCGAGAGCCGAGAUGCUCAGUGAGGAUGAAGCUAAAGAUCUGCUGUCGUUUCUGACUCUGGAGAUGAGAGCGGAUGUCAAAGGUCAGGCCACCGGCUACAUCCUGGGCCUCACGGGGAACCGGGACGGGUGCAGAUACCUGCAGUCCAAACCAGACUUUCUGAAGGCCCUGGUGACUCUAACCAGCGACCCGUCCAUAGCCAUCGUGAAGGACUGUUUUCAUGCCCUGAUCAACCUCUCAGCAGACGAAACACUCCAUCAGCCUUUAGUUAAAGAGACGGACAUUCUGUCCAAACUGAUCCCGAAGCUCCAGGACCCGGAGUUUAUGUUUUCGGAUCGCAUCUGUACAAUCCUGAGUAACUUGAGCCGACAUGAACACACAUGCAGAGAUGUGUUCAAAGCCCUGCGGGAGCUGAAUGUGGGACUGGACAGACUGGUGGAAAUCUUCUGCACGGAGGGCUUUAAUAAGAAGGCUUCACUGCAUUAUCUGGCACCCCUGUUGUCCAACCUUACACAGCUGCCCGAGGCCCGACACUUCAUCCUGGACAAAGACAGGUGUGUGAUUCAGAGACUCCUGCCAUAUACACAGUAUGAGGAGUCCAUCACCAGAAGAGGAGGAGUGGUGGGAACGCUCCGAAACUGCUGCUUUGACUACGUCCAUCAUGAAUGGUUACUCAGCGACGCUGUUGAUAUUUUGCCCUUUCUUUUAUUGCCGUUGGCUGGACCAGAGGAGCUCUCAGAGGAGGAGAACGAAGGUUUGCCGGUGGACUUGCAGUAUUUGCCAGAAGAUAAAAGGCGAGAAGAAGAUCCUGACAUCCGCAAGAUGCUCUUAGAAACGUUGAUGCUUCUUACAGCUACUAAAGUGGGCCGACAGAUUCUGAAGAGCAAGAACGUUUAUCCCAUCAUGAGGGAGUUUCACAAAUGGGAAAAGGAUCCGCAUGUGAUCUCAGCCUGUGAGAAACUUGUCCAGGUUUUGAUUGGAGACGAGCCGGAGGUGGGAAUGGAGAAUCUGAUGGAGGUGGAGAUUCCCAAAGACAUGGAGGAAAAACUCCAGGAACUGGACGCCAAGGAGCAGGAACAAAUGGAAAAGGACACACAGGAGCUGGAGAAGAGCCAGAAUGAAUCUCCGGAGGGCCUGGAGAGAUAAAUCCACAUCAGAAAUCCUCAAAUAGAGACUAUAUCAACUUUGAAUAUACAGCAUCUGUAUGGGAAUGAGUGUCUGAGGAUCAUAAUGAAAGAUGUCAUGUCUUUGGCUUGAUUAUAAAUGCACAAUACAAUUCACUUGAAAAAGAAAAAACUACAGCGAUUUAUCAUAAAUACUAUUGUGUUUUUGAACAAUACUGUAGUAAAGUGUAUUAUACGGUGUAUAUAUAUUAUGAUAUUUACAAUUCUUUGUUAAUGAAUGUUACAGCAUGCUGUCGUAUUAACUGUCGUGAACUUAAUACUGUAGUAUACUUCAGCUUUUAUUGCAGUACUAAGUCAUUUGUUUAUAUUACUGUACCCACAACACAUUCAUUCAAGUGCUUUACUAUAGUAUAAUUCAAAAACACUACAGCAUUUACUAUGAGAUCCUACAGUAUUUUAUUCCAUGUGGAAGGUUUCGGAGGAAUAAAGUUGGUUUUUAUCUGGUUGUCACCAAGUAGUCAAACACUUAAAUCAACAUGAACCGACUAGAAACCAGCUGUUACGUUCCAAAACAAUGAUUCUGUCUCAAUUUGAUUAUGGCUGGAUAUUUAGCUUUAAGUAUAGCUAAAGUGGGAUAAUGGCGUUCACAAUGAAGACCUGCUGCUUCAUUACACUCUGUACAAUGUAAAUACAGAGAUUUUGUUCUACAUUUCCCAUUAAAAGAAAUAAACUAUCUCUUAAAUGAUUUUCAGGCGACAAUACCAUUUACUGUAGCAAAAAAGGAAGUACAUUGACUAGUUACUGUUGACUACAGUUAAUACCACAGUAUGCUUUAGCAUUCAUUAACCGUGUUGUAAAUAUUAUAGAGCAUAAAACACUUUACUAUAGUAGUUCAAUAACACCAUUUACUGUAAAUUACUAUAGCAUGUUAUGAUAUGGGUCAUCUACGCAGAUUUCUGUCGUGUAAUUGUUGAUUUGGUUUUAAACGUGACGAUGAUGAAAAAUAAGUUGUUUUUGCCGCCCCCGUGUGGAUAUAAUAAUAAUAAUAAUAGAACAAUUUCAAAACUCACCCUUCGUUUAUAACCCUACUGAAAAAAACAGCUUAAACUAGCCUAAGCUGGUUUUAGCUGGUCGACCAGCCUGGUUUUAGAGGGGUUUUGGCCUUUUCCAGCCUGGUUUUAGUCAGGCUGGAAAAUAACCAGCUAACAUUAGCUAAAUCCAGCUUGACCAGCCUGGUUUAAGCUGGUUUUGGCUGGUCGUCUCCCAGCUAAGAUCAGGCUGGAAAUGGCUAGAAACCAGCCUGGAAGUGGCCAAAACCCCUCUAAAACCAGCCAGCCAGCCUAGGUUGGUUUAAGCUGUUUUUUUUUUUUCAGUAUGAAAGAUUUUAAGUUAAUUUUGACCGCGCGCUACUAAGACAACAUUCUGCUCUGAAGAGUUAAAUACAAAUAAAUAAAUAUUUUAGAAUAAAAGUAUAAAUAUGUAAUUUAAAUCUUAGCAUGAGCGUGGUUACAGUUGUGACAAAAUGGAGGUCAUGGGCUAGUGACGUUUUUGCUCUAGUUACGUUUAUGUUUAUGUACAACAAAGCAUAUAAACCUGCAAUAGUCAAACAUAGUAAUACAAUUUAAUGUUUGCAAUACAAAGAUUGUUCCUUCUUGUGAACGUUUGGACUUAUUUUUUCUUUGUAUUUCUGUGAUCAUUUUUGCAGUGUAAAUGCACACAGCAUAACGUUUGGUUGUGUUUUUAUUGACAUUUAUUUCACCCCAUUUCAUAAAUCUAUUUUUCGCUGGAUACAAACAAAAAGUUCCUCUCAGGACAAAACGUUCCCACUGAAACCCAUUUAAACAGAUGUAUAAUCCAAGGCAGUGCAUUUAAUAAAAAAAAAUCACAUUCUUUGUAAACGGUGUUCCCUUUAGUUGGCAAGUCUUAACGUUUUAUUAAAUUCAAGUAUGUAAAAAUCUUUUGCCACAUAUUUUUCAGGUCUGUCCUGUGGUGCAGGGAAUAAUUAUUCCACAAAUUUCCUGAUUUGAACCUUGCAGGCCACAAUAAUUCAAAUUAUUUAAUUAAUAUUAUGUAUGUGUGUGGAUUAAUAUUGGGGAUUAACACCUGAGGGUUUUCUGUGUGU